AUGACGAUAGCUCGGUACUACGGGAUAUUCUGGGAUUGGGACGGGACCAAGACUUACUCCAAGGCGGAGCUGGAGGAGCGGAAGGGGCUGACGCUGUACGACAACUUCGACGAGUUUUCUGCCGAGACUCUCGCGGCCAUCGACAACGAGCUGCAACAGAUCAAGCUCGCUCUCCUCCAGCGGUUCCCCCAGUUAGACCUGUCCUCGGUUUUCCCGAUUGGUCAGCGAGUGAAGCUGCACUACGGCGAGGACGUAUCGGACACGAGCUCCCUCAAGCAGACCUUCUGCUCCAACAUCGGUUACAAGGGCUGCCCCACGCCUCUGAAAGAGUUUUCACCCGGCCGGUUCGGGCCCAACGUGGACACUCGCUUGUUCUGGGAAGACAUUCCCUUCGGCCUCUGCAUCCUCAAGAAUCUUGCCGAGAUGCUCGGUAACUUCCCGACCCCGACGAUGGACUUCCUCAUCCGGUGGCACCAGAAGCCGAUGGGCCUCCAGUUCCUCACGCCGGAGGGGCAGCUCAACCCCCAGCUGCUGGAGCGCACGGGCGCCCCGUACAAGUACGGCAUCCACUGCCUCGAGACGUAG